GCGACAUCGAGGGUCUCGACUGGGGCCGCAUGGGGUCCCAGGCCAUCAACCACGGAGAGGUGAUCGCAUUCCUGAGAUUCUUGGAGGAGGCCCCCAUUGGCCAUCAGCUCGUGCAUGUCACGGACUCGUCUUACUUUCAGAAGAAUGCCGCCAAAGUUGUUCUGGAUUUCUCUCCCGAAUGCCAUCGGAAUGAACGGCGCAGGAUUCGCGUGCUGCUUCGAGCGACGCUGACGGUUAUACUCAAGAUCGAGUCGCACGUGACACCAGAGUUGGCGGCCGAGAGAGAAGUUAGGUCGUUCACACUGGCCGGCAACGAGAG